UUAUUACAUGCAAAUGCCAGCGGCAGUGACAGUGCAGGAGGGCUUGUGCAUCACCAUUCUCUGUACUUUCCAUCACCCUCCAACCUCCUCUUCUGCAGCUCAUGGAUAUUGGUUUAAGGAGGGGUCCAAUACCGAUGUAGCCCAACCUGUGGCUACAAAUGAUCCAAUGCGAGAGGUGCAGGAGGCAUUUAGGGGACGAUUCCACCUGGUCGGGGACCCUCUGAAGAACAACUGCACACUGCGCAUCACAGACGCUCGGAAAGAAGACAGUGGGAAAUACUUCUUUCGCAUACAAAGGGGAGAGCAAAAAUUCAAUUACAUCAAUUAUCAUCUUGACCUGAAGGUGACAGACCUGACAGAGAAGCCAGUCAUCUACAGUCCAGGAGCUCCUGAGGAGGGCCACAGCCCGAGUUCACACUUCUCCCAUUUCUGGGCCUCCGUGCUGAAGCUCCAGGACCAUGGCAGCAACCUCACCUGUGGGAUGACCUUCCCUGGAGCCGGUGGGAGAGCUCUCACCGAGAGAACCAUCCAGCUCAAUGUAACCUCUAAAACAAAGCCAGACCCCCUCACAGUCUACAUUGGGGCAUUUUUUGCAUUCAAGAUCAUGGUCUUUCUCACCUUGUGUCUCAUCCUGACAUGUGUGAAGUUUCUGAGAAAAAAAGAAGCCGGCAGAGAACCAAGAGGUCCGGGACAGGAAGGAGGUGAUUUUCAGUGAUAAGGUUCCUGGAGUCCCUUUGGAUUAAAAGAGGGAUUCUAAAUCUCCCAGCCCUGACACCAACCACACAGUCGUCCUCAGGAGCGCUGUAUUAUGCAACCAUCAACUUUGGGAGACUCAAGUCCUGAGAAGACCUGGAGAGUCAGAACCCAGGGAGUCUCUGGGGCCAAACCAAACCUUCCAAGAAAGGUUCUCUAGGAGGCAUGUAGGACUUAUGGGGAAGGAGAAGAAAUAAAGAGAAAGCCUUCUCAUUCAUGCAUAGAAGAUGCUCAUUGCUCUUUCUGGAGCCCUGAAGCUCUUUUCUUCUCUGCUCCCCCUGAUGUUCUAUUAACUGAAGCAAUUUUCCUUCUGCACUUCUCAGGAGUGGAGAGAGAAGGCAUUCGAGAAUCAGGGAAGCAGAGACUUUUUUCAGGAAUAUUCCUUUUUUUCCUCUAGGCUACUUCUCAAGGGACAAAGCCCUGACUAUUUUAAUUAGCUUAUCAUAACACACUGAAUGUCAGAGGUUGGAGGACCCUUGUAUGGUAUAUAUUUUGGAACUAUCACCUCACCUCUCGCUUUCAUUGUUUCAUUAAUGAGAAUCUGUACACUAGUUCUUUAGGGCAGUAACAAUAGGUAUUGGGUUUUGUCCUAGUUCUCCUGAAACCUCACUAGGGUUCAUCACAACAUGAUUGACAGUUGGUAUCAAUCAAUCAGACAAACUAGUGAUUUCUUAAUUUAUAAUAAUAAUAAUAUACUAUAUAAUAUAUAUUGAAACAAGCUAA